AUGACUCUCUUCGAUGGCGUCUACCCCUUCUACCCUCAGCCGAGGAAGGCCUACGCGUUCGAUGUCAGCUCCAUCAUCGUCAUCGCCGUCUUCCUAUCGCUGGGGCUCAGCUUCCUGCUCAUCCUGCCGGGGAUCCGGGGCCGAGCGAGGCUGUAUUGGCUACUCCGGGUUAUCCUGAGCCUUUUCAUUGGGGCGGUGAUUGUUGCUGUGCAGUUCACCGGGGACUGGGAGACUGGCCAGGUGACAGCAAACACCUCCUACAAAUCCUUCAGCCGCACCAUGGUGAAUGCCGACGUUGGCCUGCACAUCGGCUUGGGGGGAGUCAACGUCACGCUAGUAGGGAACCCAGUGAAUCAGAUCAAUGAAACCAUCAACUACAACGAGCACUUUGCCUGGCGCUUUGGAGUAAACUACAACCAAAUCUACAACGAGGGCCUGGAGAAGGGGCUGCCCAGCCCCAUCCUGUACGUGGCAGAGAAGUUCAGCCAGCAGAGCCCCUGCGGCGUGUACAGCCAGUACAGGAUCUCCGGCCACUACGCAUCAGCAACUCUCUGGGUGGCAUUUUGUGCUUGGCUCAUUUCCAACAUGCUGUUCUCCAUGCCAGUCCUGGUCUACGGGGGCUACAUGAUCCUGGUCACUGGGGCCUUCAUGAUCUUCUCGCUGCUCUCCUUCUCCACGGUCAGGAACUCCCCCAUGUGCGCCAUCCAGUUCGGUCCAGCCUCCUUGCAGACUGUCUACGGGGCAUCCUUCUGGCUCACACUUGCAACAAGCUUGCUGUGUUUCCUGAUUGGGGUGGUAGUGGUUGCGCUGCACCACCUCCGACCUCAGGCACUGAAAGCCUUCUUUGAUCUGAGCGAGGAUGAAGAGGAAGGGGAUGCGAUGCUGGGGGAAGCGUAUGGCAACCCCCACUUCCGGGCAAGCAAAAAGAAUCCUUAUGACAACUUUGCACUGACCAUUGAGGCGGUCUAGAGGAAGCUCCUCCUCCCUCCCUAGUUGGACCCUAAGCACAAGGAAGCAGAGCACUAAGGAGUCCAGAUCCUUCUCCGGCUCUCCACGGAGAUCGAACUCACACGUCCUGCUGGCACCUGAGAAAUCAGCAAGCGCCUUGCCACGCUCUGCUGGGCUGAGAACCCUCCAAGUUCAUCUCCUCUCCAGCGAUCUCCAGAGAAAGGGAAGAUGCUGCCUCGGAGUUGCGCUGCAUAGUUGCUCUGCUCAAAUGGGUUCCCAGGGGCCGUUUCCGCUUGC